UUUUAAGAUGCAAGCCCUAAGAAUUUCAAUUAAAGAAUAUUUUACUAGAUUGGCAUAUGAUUAUUCCGCGUCUGUAAAAGAUUUGGCUUUGGAUGUUAGAGAGAAUCCUUUCAAAUCAAUUGCAUCCAUUUCUCUCAUUUUUGGCUUAACUUUUGCCUACCAUAAAAAUCCUGGUGAAAGAGAAUUGAGAAAUAAAUUGGCUGAUUUACGACAAAAGAUGGUACUUAUUCCUGUUACAAUUCACAGUAGAAAAGCUGGUAAAUUUUUAAAGGAAAGAUUCUCUUUAAAUAUUUUAGAUAAUUGUUUGGAAAAAUAUACAAAAUUAUUAAAUGAAAAAAGAUUGGAUUUUGUUAAUUUUUGGUUUUUUGCUUUACUCGUUGAAAGGAAUUAUAAUCCAAAUUGUAAUUCAAAUGAAGCAAAUGAUCGUAUAACUCGUCAAUGGCCUUGGAUUGAGCUUUGGAGAAAUUGUUUUGAUUUUGGAAUAUGUGGACGUUUUUGGAUGUUGGAAAAUUCUUUUAAUGAUUGUGAUAUUUGUGAGGAAGAAUUUUUAUAG